UCACCACCACUAAGUGGCAUCUCCAAAUAAGUGUCACCUCUUGAGUCUUUUUUCACAGCUUGUGAAAUUCAGAAAAAGUACACUUUGGUUCAAAACUACCGAGGAAUAUCGAAGGAUCCUUUGAUUGGAAUGUCUGGUGGCCCCUCCAUAACGCUAAAAAGCCAGCCGAUCGAUGGUAACAACACCGGGAAUGCUGCGGCCCAACAACAAGCUGCAGCAGCAAAUGGCGCAUCGGGAUCUGGUUCUUCUGGCACCCCAAAUGGGAGUGGAACUGGUGCAGGAACGGGGGCGGGAGCUAGCAAUGCUCCAGCCGAGGGCACACGCCAGAACAGCCUGCAGCGAAUCCAGCAGAGGAAGCAAAAGGUCUUCAACCUACCCGUGCCCCAGAAGCUGGCCAAGCUAUCGAUGUACUCCGCUUGCCAGGCCGAAGGAUGCCGCUGCACUGGCUGGAAGACGCCCCAGGAGAAUCGCCAUCGCGACGUAGAGUCAUCGUACUGUCCCGAGUUUAACGAGGAGUGCCGCAACUCCAGUUGUCGCCACUCCUUGCGAACCCAUAUCGCCCAUUUGGAUAAUAUUUCCAGUUCCAAUAUGGAUGAGCUGCUGGGUGCCAUUAUCGACAUGGAGAACCUGUUCAUGUCGAUGCAGCGCGUUGAGGACGAGGACACCAAGAAGGUCUACUUGUAUCUGUUUCGGCUGCUCCGCCAGUGCGUCCUAACCCGCCAACAGGCUGUAAUUCGAGGACCUCUGGGGGAUCCGCCAUUCGAGUCGCCCUGUAUCACCAAGGCGGUGCUCUCGCUGGUCUUCUACAAGUACAACCACCUCAGUCCGACGGAGCUGCAAACCAUGACCGAGGUGGCCAAGACUUUUCUCAACUUCCUGAAUCACUACAACUUUGAGUCGCCUUCAACCCGCAGGGGCGACCUGACCCACGAGGACGCCUCCAACUACAAGAUCAACUACACCCGCUGGCUGGUAUUCUGCCACGUUCCUGCCUUCUGCAACUCUCUGCGUCAGUUCGAAACGUCCCUGGUGUUCGGACGAACCCUGCUGCGCACCGUUUAUCAGUACAUGUCGCAGCAGCUGAAAAAGAAGUGCAUCUCGGAGCGCGACCGCUUCCCGGAGGAUAAGCGGUCCAUUAUCACGCAGAUGCCCAAGUUUUUGGAGGCAUUGCGGGCUGAACUGCUCAAGGAUGAUUCUCCCAUCUGGGAUCCAAACUACCGCCCGCCAAAUUCGUUCGUCAUCCAGCAGCGGAAGCGGCAUCAGGAGGUGACGCCUUCUGUGGCCGGCGUCAGUGCUGUCUCGCUGGGAACCAGUAAGCGUUCCAGCGUGGGCGAACCUCUCCACAAGCGGCCAAAGAAGGAAUCACUCGAGCGGAGCACCACAAGUGAGAGUGUGGAUGACCUGCCCACCGAUGUGGUUAUGCGUGCCAUGAAAUCGGUAUCGGAAUCAAAGACAACCAACAAGUCGGAGAUACUCUUCCCCGUGAAUGUGUCCCGGGACGAAAACGUGAAGGCCGAGGAGCAGAAGCGCGCCAUUGAGUUCCAUGUGGUGGGCAACUCGCUGACCAAGCCAGUGGACAAGCAGACGGAGCUGUGGCUUUUGGGCCUGCAACUGGUGUUUGCGUACCAACUGCCCGAGAUGCCACGCGAGUACAUCAGCCAGCUGGUCUUCGACACCAAGCACAAGACCCUGGCCCUGAUCAAGGAGAAUCAGCCCAUCGGUGGCAUUUGCUUCCGCCCCUUUCCAUCGCAGGGCUUCACCGAGAUCGUAUUCUGUGCCGUGACCAUGUCGGAGCAGGUGAAGGGGUAUGGAACGCAUCUGAUGAACCACCUGAAGGACUACAGCAUCCAGCGAGGCAUUAAGCAUUUGUUGACAUUUGCCGACUGCGACGCCAUCGGGUACUUUAAGAAGCAGGGAUUCUCCAAGGACAUCAAGCUGGCUCGUCCCGUCUAUGCGGGCUACAUCAAGGAGUACGACAGCGCCACUCUGAUGCAUUGUGAACUGCAUCCGAGCAUAGUGAACACCCAGUUCAUUGCCGUGAUUCGCAACCAGAGCGAGAUUCUCAAGGAGCUCAUAGCCCAGCGCCACAAUGAAGUCCAGAAAGUCAGGCCGGGAUUGACAUGCUUCAAGGAGGGUCUGCCAUCGAUUCCUGUCGAGUCGAUUCCCGGGCUACGGGAAAUCGGUUGGAAGCCACAAGUGCGUCCAGCGAGAUCUUCGCGACCCCUGGAGGAGUCAUCCGAUCCCGAGAAGCUGGCUACUUCUUUUGCAUCCGUGUUGCAGUCCGUGCGCCAACACACCACAGCCUGGCCCUUCCUGCGACCAGUGACUGCCGCGGAAGUGCCGGACUACUAUGAUCACAUCAAGUAUCCGAUGGAUCUGAAAACCAUGGGGGAACGGCUGAAGAAAGGGUAUUACCAGACGCGCCGCCUGUUCAUGGCGGAUAUGGCGCGUAUAUUUUUAAACUGUCGGUUCUACAACUCGCCCGACACGGAGUAUUAUCGGUGCGCCAACUCCCUGGAGCGUUACUACCAAACGAAAAUGCGCGAAUUGGGACUCUGGGACAAAUGAUGCAGUGAUCCGGAGGGUCAAUGUGUAAAUUAUAUAUUUAAUCCAUGAAGGAGGGAUGUUUUUUCUCUAAUUUAUUCUAGUUUCCUGCGACAAAAGACAAGUGUGAAGUAUUCCGUAAAACUGAAAUUGGAGUUUAGAUUCAUGAAACUUUCGUCUUAUACUUUCAGACUGGCUAAUCUAAGUUAAUUUAAAUUUUAAAACAAUAAACGUUUCACCUAAUUGGACAAGUGUAUGAUGCUUAGAGAGAACCACCCGGAUACAAACAAUAAUUAUUAAUAACCGAAUGUUUGUGUCUUAACUUUUUAUUUCACUUUUGAUUUCCUACAUUCAUUGUUUGCAUGCUUUUAAAGUUAGGAUUUCUCUUUGUUUUCGUUUGGUUUAGUAAACAUUUUCUCUUUAAUAAUGUUAGUUUUGUAAAAUUAGUUUGUAAAAUAUAUGUGAGGGGGGAUGGGAGGGCGGGAAAUAAACCGAAUUCCUAGGACCUACGAUGGUCAUUGUACAAAGGCUCAUGCAUAUCAUCCGAAAGUGGCGAAAAUCAGACAUGAGGACGAGAUGUCGAGAUGGUAUUAUGAAAUUCUGUUAACCAUUAGUUGCUUACACUUGAAUUCUUCUUGCAUUUUAUAUUUUAUUACAUUGUUUUAAAUUUUAAUUUUUCAUACUGAUGUAGUCUUUACAAUUUUGACGUUUAUAUUAUUUUGUUUUUUUGUUUAACUCGAUAAUUUGCAUAUUUAUAUACAUACAUACAUAUGUAGAGCUAAUCAGGGUGAGCAUAUGUGGAGAUAUACAUAUUACAUACUUUACAUAAUUUAUGAUUAUACAAUAUAUUUUGAAAUGUGUGACUUCUCCGGAAGUGAGUGGGUUAGCUACUGCCCUCCAAAACCAAAAGGGGGUUCUGAACUUGUGCUGAAUUUUAAUAUAAAUAUAUAUAUUUGUAUAUAUAUCUGAUUAAAUGGUUAACAAAUAUCUAAAGUCAGGCAGAAGUCGCAGAAUACUUUAGCUGAAAACACAGAUGCAUGCAUUACACAAAUUUCUGUUCUUUUUAUCUCCUCCAGACCAGCCUGUGAUCACACAAUCUUAACAUUUACAUUUGAAAUUCCAUUGCUGGCGAAUAAAAAAAAAAAACAGGAAAAAAUAAUGUGCACUUUCUGUAGCCCAACCGAGAUCAGAAAUUGAAUAUGAAAACUUUCUACAUUCCUUACUUUUUUUUUUCUUGGGAUUUCUCUAUUGUAAUUUGAAACAAUGUCAAACUUGUAACUAUUAUUAUUAAUUAUUAUUUUUGUUUCGUUUUCGUUUGGAGACUGCUGCUGUUCGUUCACUCUUCAGCUGGGCUGGAUUGACUUUUUACAAUUGUGCUUUUCCAACAAGCAUUGCUGCUGAUUUUAUUUCAUUUUCAUAUUUAAAAUGUUCUUAAAUAAUAUAAUUAAAUGCUAGUAAAACGAUUCGAUUUGUCUCGAUGUUUUACGCCCACGAAAAGUACACAGUAUUACAAUCAGUUUCAUCUCUAUUUUUGUUCUCAUCCAAAUAAAAACAUGCAUUUUAGAUUUUAUUUUUUUUUUUUUAGUUUUUAGUUUGGGAAUUCCAUGGAUUUAAUUUCGUUCCGCUCCAUUAAUUUCAUUUCAUCUCCGCGAGUGUUUCUGUUAAAUUGUUUGCUUUUUGUUUUUUAUAGCUUUUCAUAUACUUAUGAUUAAUAUUUUCUUUGCAUCUAUUACUAAAAUAUAUGUAUGUAUGUAGAGGCGUGCCAUGUUUCCUUUUUUUUUGUUUUUUCUUUUCUUUUCUUAAUUUUUUGUUUGCUGUUGUUUGUUGUUGUUUCGUUAACGUGUUCUGCUCAGCGCAACGCAUUGGAACCAGCCAUUUACACAAAAACCUAAACAGAUGGCCGGUUCGCAGCACGCCUGCAAUUGAUAAUCGCCCUAAUCGCUAAUUGGUAAUCGGUAAUCGAUAAUCAGUAAUCAGUAAUCGGUAAUCGUAAAGCGCGUUUAUCGCGGGCACGGUGGGCGAGCAGCAGCAGCAGAGUGUGCCCCCGCAGGACGUCGUGAGAAUUAUAACGCUAAGUAUAAUUAUACAAAUAUAUUUAUUCCGUUAGAUCCGUAACUCGAAAUUCCUGAUAAUAAGAGCCAGUGUGUCGUCGGUCGAUCGGUCGCUUGAUUGGGUUCUCUCUCUCUCUUCCAAUUAUAUUUAUUUUAUUUUUUUUGCAAUUAAUAGGAUAUUUACUUUUUCUCUCGGUUUUUUAACUCUUCCUUCAUCAAUUGU